AUGUACAUCAUAAGUUUGUUGGUGUUGGUGGCGGUGGGGGCACCAGGGUUGUCGGCACAUCUACACCAUGCCGUCGAGACUGAGAUGUUCGCAAUACCCAUCAGCCCUAACUUAUUCAACUGGACCUAUCAAGAGUUCGACCAGCAAUACCGCUUCCACGCUGCCAUGCUGGGCAAACCGGAGCUACCUGCGUGGCUUCAUUAUAUCUACAGCGGACGACACCACUCAGGGUUCAUCUUCGGAACGCCGCCGCGAGGGAGCCGAGGCUCCCUCCAGAUCGAAAUAAUCGGCUUAAAUAGACAGGACUACGAGACGCGACGGGUGUUACUGACGUUGGACAUACAGCUGAAGGAAAAGAUGGCACGCCAUGAGGUCGAGCUCAAGAUCGAUAACCUGAAUGUAGAAGAUCUUUUGGAUGAGCACAAGAUGACCCGUUUGAAGGACAUCUUGAGAACGAAGCUCUGGACGGAGAGCAGUGGCGAUCUGUACGCGACCUUCCUGUCGUCUGCCAUCGAUCUCGGAGCUCGACUGCCUUUGAAGCCAAGUGAUGGUGAAGGGUUGGUAGUCCGCCUCGGCAGUUCCAUGCCAUUCUCGCUGGAGCUGAAGAGGCUACGCGAGGAGGUGCGCCCUCUGUCCCGUCUGCCCAGCUGUCCCCGAGAGUACAAGCGGACGACCGUUGAACGACUCUUCAGGGACGCUGGGCUGACGCUGGACUGGUGCAGUUUUGAACUGUACAACACGAUCUACAAGGAGCGCUCAACCCUUCACCUGGAAUAUUUGACUGAAGUGCCCAACACCAGUAAAUCCGCCAAAUCCUUCAAGGCUCUUGAAACCAAAGAUAUCUGGACCGCACCCAGCAAGGAGUCGGUCCCGUCCCGCAGCUACCGUCGCGCGGCGACGGGCGCGGUGGUGGCCCCGCUGGUGUUGUUGCUGCUGUGUGUGUCCGCGCUGGCCGCCGCCGCCACCGCGCUGCACGCCUCCGUGGCCCACAAGUCAAAAGUGGAAAUGUGUCGUUACGGCACUGGCAACACCGAGCAGACACAAGUAGCUGACAACACUAGCACCAAGAGCCUUGGAGCGAGCCCCAACAACAGUCUCGCACGUCCCUACAGUCCUAAAUCGACGACUAACCUGGCUGGCAACUACAACCGCCCGCAACCACCGCCCUAUAUGGGUUCAGCAACAAAUUCUCUACACCAUCGGAAAUCAACAGACAGAACCCCAUCAACCAGUGGCCAUACUCCUGAACAUCGUACCCAUCUACUCGAAGAAUCAUUAAAGCUGCUAAAUGAAGCGAAAAUCGACAGCUUAUCGAUUAAAGAUCCGAUAAUCGAUUUGAACGAUGGCACUGAAGAUUAUGUUCCGAUUAAACCUGAUGCUUCUGGCUACGUGUCAAUGAAGGAUUUGGAUGACAUUGAUGUUCCCGAUCUGGCUAAGUUUGGCAUCGCUGGCCCCAUAUGA